UAUUUCUAAGACUUUUGAUCUCGCUUUCUUUUUCUUUUUUUAUAAUUAUAGAAAAACUAAGUAUUUCUUUCUAGUUGCAUGUUUUCUGUCAUCAGAUGAAUUCUAUUUUGGAAAUUUUUAGGAGGAAGUGUCAUUCUUUGAACAUUUUAGGUUACAAAUUAAAGAAUUAAACUAUACUGACAUCUCCAAUUUAGACAUAACUUUUCAUUUUUGUAAAAACUUAUGCCCGCUGUAAACAUAUAUGUGUAUGUUAUUUUAAAUAUAUAUUAAAAUAUAUUUGUCAUUUAUAAUAUAUAUUAAAUAUAUAUAUUUGUCGUUCAUAAUUAUAGUUUAUUGGUGUGGUGGUCUAAGUUGCCAGGCUGUGUGCUGUAGGUGAAAUGGUACUACAAACAAGAUGGAACAUCAGAAGACAUCUCUAGGGACUAAAGACUUUGUGUUGGCAGCCAAGAACUUUCCUACAUGUUAAUUCUAGACCUGACAGUUGAAUUUAUGUUUGAGCAAUUUUAGCUGAUAAAUGCAUUUUUAAAACUCCUUCCUCUUUUGGGGUUUUAAUUUUUACUUUCAGUUUUUCAGAAAUUGCAAAUUGUGAAUGGAAAUGUUUGUGUGGAUUAAAGUAGCAUGUUAUUAGUCAUUGACAGGAUGCAUUUUCUUUUGAUACUUUGUCAUCUUUCAGAAAUUAUUUAGCUAUGAAUUCUCCUGGAAAGCAGAAGGAUGGACUUGAUGACCCCUCAAGGUCCUUUCCAGUCCAAAAAUUCAUAAACAGAAGCUCAGAUCAAGGAACUUAGUAUUGAAGAAUCGGGAAGAAAAAUAGACUCUCCGCUCUGCUAUAUGAAAUAUGGGAGACGACAGACCGUUUGUGUGCAAUGCCCCAGGCUGUGGACAGAGAUUUACAAACGAGGACCACCUGGCAGUUCAUAAACACAAGCAUGAGAUGACAUUGAAAUUUGGCCCAGCCCGAACUGACUCAGUCAUCAUUGCAGAUCAAACUCCUACUCCGACUAGAUUCCUAAAGAACUGUGAGGAGGUGGGGCUCUUCAAUGAACUAGCUAGCUCCUUUGAACAUGAAUUCAAGAAAGCUUCAGAUGAUGAUGAGAAAAAGGCAAGAGAUGGGACUUUUGCUGAAAAACUGGUGAUGUUCAGACCUAGGCUAUUUUCAUUGUGCCUUGGGAUACUUCACUUAAUUGGUUAAAGCACAAAAUUAUGGGCUUAGUUCUAUAGUACCAGAUUGUUGUUGUUGUUAACUGCUUUCCAGAUGGGCCCAAUUCAUGGCAACCCUAUGCACCA